CAGUAGUGCUGGCGGCUUUUACGUUUGGUCUUCGAAGCCGGCAGCCGUAGGUUGUGCUGAGGUGCUGUUAGUAAGCCCUGUCAGCGAGCUCUUAGGAGCUUGAAACCUUCCUCACGCCUCCGACACGCCGAUAACAAAAAUGGUUGAAGCAGACCGCCCAGGAAAGCUCUUCAUUGGUGGGCUUAAUACAGAAACAAAUGAAAAAGCUCUUGAAGCGGUAUUUGGCAAAUAUGGACGAAUAGUGGAAGGGCUCUUGAUGAAAGACAGAGAAACCAACAAAUCCAGAGGAUUUGCUUUUAUCACCUUUGAAAGCCCAGCAGAUGCAAAAGAUGCAGCCAGAGACAUGAAUGGAAAGUCUUUAGAUGGAAAAGCCAUCAAAGUGGAACAAGCUACAAAACCAUCAUUUGAAAGUGGUAGACGUGGACCACCUCCACCUCCAAGAAGCAGAGGCCCUCCGAGAUGUCUUAGGGAUGGAAGAGGAGGAAGUGGAGGAACCAGGGGACCUCCCUCUCGGGGAGGGCACAUGGAUGAUGGUGGCUAUUCCAUGAAUUUUAACAUGAGUUCUUCCAGGGGACCACUCCCAGUAAAAAGAGGACCACAAGCACGAAGUGGGGGUCCUCCUCCUAAAAGAUAUGCCCCUUCAGGACCAGUUCGCAGUAGCAGUGGAAUGGGAGGAAGAACUCCUGUAUCACGUGGGAGAGACAGUUACGGAGGCCCACCUCGAAGAGAACCCUUGCCCUCUCGUAGAGAUGUUUAUUUGUCCCCAAGAGAUGAUGGAUAUUCUACUAAAGACAGCUAUUCAAGCAGAGACUACCCAAGUUCUCGAGAUACAAGAGAUUAUGCACCACCACAAAGAGAUUAUACUUACCGCGAUUAUGGUCAUUCCAGUUCACGUGAUGACUAUCCAUCAAGAGGCUAUAGUGAUAGAGAUGGAUAUGGUCGUGAUCGUGACUAUUCAGAUCAUCCAAGUGGAGGUUCCUACAGAGACUCAUAUGAGAGUUAUGGUAACUCACGUAGUGCUCCACCUACACUAGGGCCCCCGCCAUCUUAUGGUGGAAGCAGUCGCUAUGGUGAUUACAGCAGCUCACGUGACGGAUAUGGUGGAAGUCGAGACAGUUACUCAAGCAGCCAAAGUGAUCUCUACUCAAGUGGUCAUGAUCGGGUUGGCAGACAAGAAAGAGGGCUUCCCCCUUCUAUGGAAAGGGGGUACCCUCCUCCACGUGAUUCCUACAGCAGUUCAAGCUGCGGAGCACCAAGAAGUGGUGGCCGUGGAGGAAGCCGAUCUGAUAGAGGGGGAGGCAGAAGCAGAUACUAGAAAGAAACAAAACUUUGGACCAAAAAUCCCUGUUCAAAGAAACAAAAAAAAGUGGAAACUAUUGUCAUAACUACCCAAGGACUACUAAAAGGAAAAAUUGUGUUACUUUUUUUAAAUUUCCUGUUAAGUUCCCCUCCAUAAUUUUUAUGUUCUUGUGAGGAAAAAAGUAAAACAUGUUUAAUUUUAUUUGAUUUUGACAUUGCUUUCAAUAAGCAAAUGUUAAAUGUGUAAGACUUAAGUUGUUGUACUAGUGUUGUAAUUUUCCAAGUAACAGUGUCCCUAAAGGCCACUUCCUGAUUUUUUUUUCCCAGUAAAUGAGGCAAGCAAUUCUAAGAUCUUCCACAAACAUCUAGCCAUCUAAAAUGGAGAGAUGAAUCCUUCUGCCUAUACAAACAAGGUAGCUGUUAGAGGGUGGUUGGGGUACGCUACUCUUAGGAUUUCAGGGUGUCUUCAUACUGAAAUCUCAAUGUUCUCAGUAUGAAAAGCCUGAGAUCAGAUGCCUAUGUAAGGAAAGUACUAUUCACCCAGUAAACCCAAAAAAACAAAUGGAUAAUGCUGGCCAUAUUUUGCCUUUCUGACAUUUCCUUGGGAAUCUGCAAGUACCACCCCUUUCCCCUCCCCCAGGUAAGACCAUUUAAGUGUGUGUUAAACAACUACAGAAUACUAAAUAAAAAGUUUGGCCAAAACCCGCCC